UUGUAAUGCGCAGUACAUGUGAUCUCCUAGCGCGCUGCUUACAAUGUGAAAGAGAUUCAUUAAGUGCAUGGGAGUGAGAGUCUACAAACAGCAGCCCUCACAAGGAAGCUUUCUUCUCUCUCACACACAUACACCCAGCACCGAACAGAGAGUGCGAGAAAACAAAUAAUUAAACUUCAUCUUAUGCAGCACGGUCCUGGUGCAUCGCAGGAAGCCCUUGGAAUUAAAACUUGCUGAUGUUUACCAAGCCCAGAAAUUCUGAGCUUUAGAGUGGAUUAAGGACUGAUCAGCUCUGGGACACCUUGGAAGCACAAGCAUAAAGCCUGAGGUUUUAAAAAGAUAGAUUAAAGAGAAACUUUUCAAGGUCUGUGCAUGAGAGGACAGCACUAAUGACGAAGCCGGCAGUGCAGGGCUGAUGCACCUGUACGGAGAUCUGGAAGAGACAAAUGCACGUUGAUCAUGCGGUCUGGGAACGUCUUCCUUGCCAUCGUUUUUCUAAGUAUCUGCCGUGGGGAUAAGUACAAAUCCUUCAGCAGGUCGGAUGUGAAGUUUGAGCACCUGACCAUUGACCCAGAGACUGGCAACGUCUACAUCGGGGCCGUGAACUUCCUGUUCCAGCUGACCUCGGAGCUGACCGACCUGGUAGUGCAGCCAACGGGGCCACAGAAUGACAGCAAGGAUUGCCUUCCGCCCGUCAACCCCAGCGACUGCCCGCACGCGAGGCUGACAGACAACCACAACAAGCUCCUCCUGACUAACCCCUACGGCGAUGAGCUGAUCACCUGCGGCAGCUUGUUUCAAGGAAUCUGUGAGAAAAGGAGUUUGGGAAACAUUAGCCGGGUCUUGUUCCGCCCGGAACGCCCGGUUGACACGCAGUACGUCGCUGCCAAUGACCCCAACGUCACUACGGUAGGGUUGGUCGGCCUGUCCAAAGGCAAGACAGCCGUCCUGUUUGUAGGCCGUGGUUACACCAGCAAAGGUGCCGGUGGGAUCCCUCCCAUUACCACCCGCAAUUUGGAGUUACAAAAUCCACAGAGCCUGGAAUCUCACCCCAUUUUCUCCUACGAGGAUACGGCAAAGUUAGCAGUAGCUGGAAGGCUCUCUGAGUACAACCACCAUUUUGUCAAAUCUUUUAUUUACCAGUUUUCGGUGUAUUUUCUGUUCUACCGGAGGGACCUCAAGUCCUCAUCCAGAGAAUACAAAACCUACGUGUCGCGGAUCUGCUUGGGAGACAUGCACUAUUACUCGUACGUGGAGGUACCGCUUGUCUGUCAGACUGCUGAGAAGAACUACAAUUUACUCCAGGCGGCCUAUGUCAGCCGGCCGGGGAAGGGCUUAGCGGAGGGGACUCUCCAAACUAACGGGGAGGUCCUGUUCGCCACGUUCGCUGUUGGUCAGACAGCCACGGCAAAGGCAACGGAGGAGUCAGCACUUUGCAUUUACACCAUGAAUCAGAUUGAUCAGAUGAUCAACCAGACCAGGGACCAGUGUUACACCAAUUACGGGAAGGUGGGCGAGAAGGCUGAGGCAGCCUACAUUGAGUAUGAAGUCAAGUCCAGCUGCAGCGGAUUAACUUCAGACACUCUUAAUGCAUACCCGUGUGGUUAUGACCACACCCCCAGCCCAAUGGCCAGCCGCAUUCCGAUAGAGGCAGCUCUGGUACUGAAGGUUGCGCAGGGACACCUGGUGGCAGUGGCAGUGACUGUGGAAAUGGAGCACACCAUCGUCUUCUUGGGAGAUGCCAAGGGCCGUUUGCACAAGGUUUUUGUGAAGCCAUCUGGAGAGGCAGAGCAAUAUGCGACAGUCACAAUCCAGCCCAACGCAGCAGUCAAUAGCGACCUAGUAUUUGACCGUGAGCAGAAGCAUCUUUACGUCACAACUCAGCUAAAGGUGGUGAAACUUCCAGUGAGUGAGUGUUCUGCCUACGCUGACUGUCAGUCCUGUCUAGUAGCGAGGGAUCCAUACUGUGGCUGGUGCAUACUUCAGGGCAGGUGCUGUCGGAGGUCAGAGUGCGAAAGGGCGGAGGAAGGUGUUCAAUGGCUCUGGAGCUAUGAGGAAGGCCGACAGUGUCUGAGUGUGCAGACUCUGAUCCCAGCUAAUAUCAGCAGACAGGAGCAAAAACAGGUAUUUGUGAAUGUCGCUGACUUGCCUGUUCUUGCCGAGGGUGAGUCUUACACCUGUCUCUUCGAUGAUUACUCCAGCCCUGCAGUCAUUACGGAGAGAGGUGUGGUGUGUUGGACCCCCAACGUCCAGCAACUUCCACCGACAAAACCAGGAACAGAUCAUGUGACUGUCAGAUUAAAAGUAAUGUUCUUUAACAUCAUACUGACAGCAGAGCGAUUCACCUUCUAUGACUGUGCUGCAGUCCAGCAGCUCUCCAGAAAUUUUCCGUGUCGUGGAUGUGUGAGCAGUCAAUGGGGUUGUAAUUGGUGCGUGCUUCAGCAUCACUGCACCCACAACACCACCUGUGAGGAUGAGGUGAUCAUUUUUAAUGAGAAUUUUGUACGACCCUACGUGGUACCUCCUACCCUUGCUACCAAGUCGCUUCGUGUCGACACUACUGUGCUUCCAACCACCACCCGCCUCACCACCACAGCUCUCACAACAGGAGCUACAACCAUUCCUACCAUAUUGCUCCACACAGAUACCACGCUGACUACCAGAACUAUGACCACUACCACAUUGCCAACCACUGUGCCCUCCUCUGCUGUGGUGCUGACCAAUGCCACAGCCGAUCCGACUGGCCAGUCAACCACUACGCCCACCAUGCCAGCUCCAACGACAGUGCCCACCACCCCGGACAUCACACCUGCUCCAACCACACAAUGGACUGCAGCCAGUCCGUCCUCAGGGGCUACUACUGUGGCUGAGAGCAGUACCCCGAACUCGACCACACCCGAGGGCGCAGCACCUACCCCCGGUCCAUCAGGGGAGGUCUUGACCACGGUCACGUCUGCGUCGCCACCCACUACACUCGAAGAUCUGUUGGAAACUAGCCCACUCACGACGGUUGCCCCUCCAACAAUUGAUGCCGUCAUUACAACCGCAUCAACCUCUCCUUUCAACGGGACGGACGGUGCCACCCCCACCGUUGCCACGACAGCCCCCGCCGCCAAUCCCACGGAGCCCCCUAUCACUCGAUUGGCUGUGCCUACUGACCCCCGACCUGACCACCUGACAGCCCUGCCCACUGUUUGGCCUGUAAAGGACGUUGGUGAGUGGAAGGAGCCAGAUGCUUGGGUAGACCCUGUGCAGGUUGAGAACGACACAGCCGUCUUCUCGGCUGCUGCUGCGCUGCUAUCAGGUGACGGAGAUGUUGAGAACCCUUCUCCUGCCUUUCUCCACCUGCUUGACACUGAGGUCGACUACCACUUUGAUCCUGACUCUCCAUCUUUCUCCGUACAGAACCACGAAGGGAUAGUUAAGGGUCCUGCAGACUGUCCCUGUGUCAAUAACAUUCAAGGAUCACCCCUUCUGCCUGUCAACACGGAGAGGAAAAUAACGCUGGUGGGACAAAACUUGCACUUCUUCCAGGACCCUGAAGGGGAUUAUGAAUGUGUCUUUGUUAUCGAGAGUCAGACAGUGGUGGUGGAGGCAAUUGUUGAAGGGGACAUUAAUGAUCCCUCGUUUUACUCGAUUACUUGUCAGGUGCACCAGUUUACCUAUGCCACAUUACAGCAAGAGUAUAAUGCAACCGUGUAUGUCCAACGGCGGCCCAAUUACAGAGUGGACAGCGGUCAUGAUUUGCAUAUUACCCUGUAUAACUGUUCUGUGGAUCGAACAGACUGCAGCCGCUGUCAGACAGCAGAAACUAAGUACGCUUGUGUGUGGUGUGGGGGAGGGAAGCCCAGCUGUGUGUACGAAAAGUCCUGUGUGGAUGGAGUGGAACAGACCUGUCCAGCCCCCUUCAUUCACUCGAUUGACCCAGCGUCAGGGCUGCAGGAAGGUGGAACCAUGGUCACCAUCACGGGCUCAAACCUAGGCCAGCGAUUCGAGGACAUCCAGAACAUGGUGACGGUGGCUGGGAUCCCAUGUCGUGCUGAUCCUCUGAAGUACGAGGUCUCCACUAGGAUUGUGUGCUACACAGCAGCCAGUAAUGAGCAAGUAUCAGGCCAGGUCACAGUUGAAGUGGUAAAUGGAGGCAGCAGCAGCUCUGCACAGCCCUUUACUUAUCAGAACCCAGUGCUGAACUCUAUUUCACCGUCACGUGGCCCAAAAGCUGGAGGAACACAUCUUACUCUCAAUGGCGUCAAUUUGUUGACUGGCAGACCAAGUGAUGUCCGGGUAUUUGUUGGUGACCUUCCCUGUCUUAUUUCUGACAUUGAGGAUCACCGAGUCCAGUGUCUCACUACACCAAGCAACCAGACAGAUGAGCUGCCUAUCACAGUCAAGUAUGGUGAUAUUCCAAAAAGAUUGAGCAAUGUCUUCUACAGCUACACAGAAAAUCCAAACAUCACCAGUGUGCGUCCAGACAAGAGCUUCUUAGGUGGUGGAAGAGUGAUCAGUAUAAAUGGGCAAAAUUUAGAUGCUGUGCAAACACCUCAAAUGAUGGUCCAGUUAAUCCCAAACGAACGAAGGCAGAGAUCGAUAUCUGAACGACAGAGCCGGGUGAGAGAGAGGAAGCGCAGAAUGAUGAAGGACAACAACACUGAAAGGCAUGCAGACAAGUUUACUGAAUUCUGUCAGGUGAAUUCCUCCUUCUUCAUGACUUGUAAGACACCAUCAAUCAAAGCCCCUGCCAGCGAUGCUGACAUCACCGUGCACUUCCUCAUGGAUAACUUGUGCUUCGAUUUCAAUGAGAUCAGUCCAACAAAGUUCACAUACAAGCCUGACCCAAUCCUGAAGCCACUGAAUGCAGGUGACCCAUCAAAGCCAUACAGACACAAGCCAGGCAGUGUAUUGUCUGUUGAGGGGGAAAACCUGGACCUAGCAAUUACGAAGGAAGAGGUGGUUGCAAUGGUGGGUGAGGGAAUCUGUGUUGUGAGAACAUUGACUGCAAAUCACCUAUACUGUGAGCCCCCCCUGGAGCAGCCUGCAGCCCGAAGGCGGAGGAAGCGAGAAAGCCUGGACACUCUACCAGAAUUUAUUGUGCAGAUGGGAAAGCUGCAUUUCAAGCUGGGAAAGAUCCGAUAUGAUGCUGAGAGCCAAUCCAAUUUCCCACUCGAGGCCCAGAUUGGACUUGGGGUGGGAGCCUCCAUCGUUGCGCUGAUCGUCCUGAUCAUUGUGCUUAUCUACAGGCGGAAAAGUAAGCAGGCCUUGAGAGACUACAAGAAAGUACAGAUCCAGUUGGAGAACCUGGAGACCAGCGUUCGUGAUCGAUGCAAGAAGGAGUUUACAGAUCUCAUGACUGAAAUGAUGGACCUGUCCAGUGAUCUGGUUGGAACUGGAAUUCCUUUUCUGGAUUACAAGACCUACGCCGAGCGGAUUUUUUUCCCAGGGCACAGGGAGUCACCUCUGCAACGGGAUCUGGAUGUCCCUGAAUCUCGACGCCAGACAGUGGAACAGGGCCUUGUGCAGCUUUCUAAUUUAUUGAACAGCAAGCUUUUCCUCACCAAGUUUAUACACACGCUGGAGAGCCAACGGACGUUUUCCCCACGGGAUCGUGCGUAUGUGGCGUCGCUGUUGACUGUCUCAUUGCAUGGGAAGCUGGAGUAUUAUACAGACAUCUUGAAAACGCUGCUGAAUGAUCUGGUGGAGCAGAACGUUGCCAAGAACCCGAAAUUGAUGCUGCGCAGAACAGAAACAGUGGUGGAGAAGUUGCUGACUAAUUGGAUGUCGAUCUGUCUAUACACAUUCCUCAGGGAUUCAGCAGGGGAAUCGCUCUACAUGCUAUUCCGAGCAAUCAAACACCAAGUGGAUAAAGGACCUGUUGAUGCUGUGUCAGGAAAGGCCAAGUAUACUCUUAAUGACAACAGACUACUCCGAGAGGACGUGGAAUACCGCACAUUGACCCUCAAUGUCCUGGUGCAAGGUGAGGAUGUACAACCCUCGCCUGUGAAAGUUUUGGAUUGUGACACUAUCACCCAAGUCAAGGAGAAAAUCAUCGAUCAGAUCUACAAAGGAGUGACCUACUCACUUCGACCCCAUGUGGAAACACUCGACCUGGAAUGGAGAUCUGGGUUGGCUGGACAUCUUAUCCUUUCUGAUGAAGACUUGACCUCCGUUCUCCAGGGAAACUGGAAGCGUCUGAACACCUUACAGCAUUAUAAGGUUACUGAUGGGGCCACAGUUGCUCUUGUCCCACGCCUCAGCAAGCACAUUCACCAUGAGAAUCAUGAUUUUACUGCAGGAGAGAAGACUCCAAUGUUGGAAGAUGCAGAUGAAGGAGGGAUCAAAGUCUGGCACCUGGUCAAAGCCAGUGAAGAACCCGAACUCCCCAAACACAGAAGGGGCAGCCUGCGGGAGCGGGAGCGAGCCAAAGCCAUUCCUGAGAUCUACCUGACACGAUUGCUUUCCAUGAAGGGCACACUGCAGAAGUUUGUAGAUGACCUCUUCCAGGUGAUUCUCAGCACAAGUCGGCCUGUCCCUCUUGCUGUCAAAUAUUUUUUCGAUCUCCUGGAUGAACAAGCAGUACACCAUGGGAUUACCGAUACAGAAACUAUUCACAUCUGGAAAACAAACAGUCUGCCUCUUCGUUUCUGGAUAAACAUUAUUAAAAAUCCGCACUUCACCUUUGACGUUCAGGUGUCGGAUAAUGUGGAUGCCAUGCUCUCAGUCAUUGCGCAGACCUUCAUGGAUUCCUGCACUAUAGCAGAACAUAAACUAGGCCGGGAUUCUCCAAUUAACAAACUGCUGUAUGCCAGGGACAUCCCUCGAUACAAACAGAUGGUGGAGAGGUACUAUGCAGACAUUCGACAGACAAUCUCAGCUAGUGACCAGGAAAUGAACUCUGCUUUAGCUGAGCUGUCCAGGAAUUACUCCAGCGACAUGAACUCCCUUGUGGCUCUUCAUGAACUCUAUAAAUACAUCAACAAGUACUAUGACCAGAUCAUUACAGCACUAGAAGAGGAUCCAACAGCACAGAAGAUGCAGCUUGGUUAUCGGUUACAGCAGAUUGCUGCAUCUGUGGAAAACAAGGUCACAGACUUGUGACAGGAGGAACUUCUGAGAAUGAUCUGAAGGAAGAGUUGAGGCAUCUUUGCAUUGAUGCAAACAGAGGAGCAAUGAGACACUAUGAUCAGUGAACAGAGCUUGUUGAAUGCAGGAGUGCCUUACGGAAACAUGCUUCCUCUAUUACUUCAGCUAUGGGAAUGAAGGAAAGCAAACUCCUGUGAUGCAUCAGAUUUUGCAAAACAAUGAAAAGAGCCUCUUUACCCACUUCUAGGCCAUUUCCACUUGCUUCAAGCUCUCUUUUGGGAGUGUUCAUAUUGUAGACUAUUAAACAACUUAGAAAACAUCACAGAACAUGAAAAGUUUAAAGAGUCAGCAUAUCAAUGGACAAAUGAUGUUAAUAUUUUUUCCACAAGAGAGAUUUAAUUUUUUUUAAACUAAUCCUAUAAGAGAGGUUUUACUGUCCUACGUUGGAAGCUGCAAAGUGAGAUUGGGAAAUGGCACAGAUAUUGAGACGUUGAAGAGUCUAUACACUAAAUGGAUUGAAUUAAUUAGGUGCUUGGUUUCAAUAAAUGUAGGAUGGACAACAGCAAGCACUAUACACAGGAAAUUGACUGUUAAAGGUCCAGUCAAGCACUGCGCUCCUGAACAGAAGACCAAGUUCAAACAGGUCCUGUUAUUGGUAGGUUUCGAGAGUAUGCAGAAGUAAGAUUGUCAUCUGCCACUCGGUGAGUUUGAAAAGCCCUGGGAGGGAAUUAAGCCAUUUGGAGGUGAAUGUUUGGAACUAUGUCACCGCCUCAAAGCACGUUAACAUCAUUGCAUAACUGGUUUAAAUGUUCAUGUCUGUCAGAUAUACCAGUAUCUUUCAACAGACUAUUCCACUUCCUUAAAUUCUGGCAGUGACCUGUCCAUAUAUUGCUCAAUACCGUCUAGUCCUUAGAAUACCUUGUGGUGGUGUUCUCUUCACCUUGAUAGGAAAGGAGAUUCUUAUUUUAUUUGAUAUCUCAUUUUACAUCACUGCUAAUUGUCCACUCCAGAAUAUUAAAUGUUUGGCCAUUGUUUUGUGUCCAGCCAUUGAUGAAAAGCUGCAAAAACCCUCUGUGGAUAGAGCCAAGUGGUUCCAACAAGUCAGGCCACUCAGCUAAGACUGGUACAAAUCAAUCCCAGUAGCAAAUAGCCUGGGAUUAUUGAGCAGCCUCAUUUCUUUUUGGUUAAAAGUUAUUUCCAAAGGACCAAUUAAUAUCAGAAACAUUUCUUCAAACUUCUUGACCUGCAAAGGUAGAUGGAAGAACAAUCGUUCUUAAAUUGUCAGUUUAUUCAUAGUAUCCCAUUAUACUGCUGUUACCCUUUUGAUUAUGUGCAACUCUUUAAUGUCCUUUCUGACCCAUUGUAGAGGCCCAGGAGCCUGUUUUAUUUUUGUUGAAGGAGGGAGUAACUUUAAUAUCCACCAUAUGAAGUGACUGAUGUCACUUGAACUACGUGACCAUCAGAAGUAAGGUCCUGCAGAUCCUGGACCACUUGGAAUGACUUUUAAAAAUAUUUUAAUUUAAAAGAAGUUGUGAUACCUUUUGAGGUUCAAACAUCCAACAGACAGAAUUGAGUAAUGGGUAGGAAAUACGAAGGAUCUACUGGUCUUACUGAUGGGUGGCAUAUGUUUAGUUUGUGGGACUUGGGAUGAAAUGCUGUUUUAAAUAUUGACUUACCCCAUAACAAUAGUAACCUGUUUCGAAGUAAGCUUCAUUAUCAUUUUAAUUUAUUAUAAAGUCUGAAAUAGUAUGCUUGCACAUCCGGUAUUGUAACAGCAGUGUUAUCCCCCUCGAGGGAAAUAAAACCUUCUAGAGUGAGGUCCACUACGUGAAGAUGAUGGUCUCAAAGCAGAGUAUCAGAUGUUUUCGAACAUCAUUCCCUUGAAAAGAAGGAUCAUGAUUGUUCUUCCAUAUUGGGGUGUGUGCAGUAACAUCCUUUUACGGUACAGCCUGAGACAGGAUUUCAAUUUUGAUCUUGGAAUUCAGAAUUGUAUUUAAUUCUAAUCUUUUUAUAUCAUCUCAAUUCACAUACAUAUAGAUGAUGUUCAGUGCAAAUGUCUGAUCCACAAUAAAACUUUAUACAGAUUUUUGUCACGACUGCUUAGAAAUGUCUCUUAUGUCAUUGGACCCAUGUCAUUAAGAUGCAGCUGCACACCUCAAUAUGGCAGCAGUGGUGUUUGUUUGCCUGAAAAAUAUGUAUUCAAUGGGAAAUCUAGCUGAUAAUUACAGAUUUCUCUGCUGCAUUAUUUUUUAUCAGAUAAAUGCGGAGGCAGCAAGUUCACUUUGUUAAAACAUUUUAAAAAGCGUGAAUAGGUCCACUCUUAGAAUACCCGGAAUAAUACAUUCCAUCCCACGUGUUUGGAAUGUAAAAGUAAAGGGCUUUGAUGUCAGCCCAAACAACAUUUUGUGAUUAUUACAGGGCAAUAUGAUAAUGCACAAGCUGAUUACCAAUAGUCACUUUUCCCCAGAAAGUCUUUCUUGAACAUGAAGCAAUGAUGACACCAGAGGUGUUUUAAGUGAAAUUUCAGCAAUCUAAUGAUUGUAUUUGUGACUAUGCCACUGAAAGAUUUUUUUUUAAAAGAAAAGCUCACUUUCAAAACAUUUAUAUAAGCCCUUUUUAUUUUUAAACAAUAAUGUAUUUAUUUAAUUAGCAGGCAAAGCCUGAUUAAAUGAGGACACUGAUAGUUUUUGUUCUUUUGUUCUGUGAAGUUCUUGAUUUCUUUCUGAUCAUGAACCAGCACUUAGGUGUCUUCCACAG